AUGGACCAAGGAGCCGUCACGGAGGUGCGGGACCGUGAUGGGGACACAGCUCUGCUUCCGGCAGUCAGAAACGGCCACCGUGAGACAGCUCGGGUUCUCUUAGAAGCCAAAGCGAAUGCCCAUACCCUCAACAGGGAUGGAAGCAGGCCAUCGGCGGAAGUAUGUGCUCGCGACGCAUGCCGUCACGCAAAUCUGGGUACAGUGGAGCUGUUGCUGGACAGCGGCGCUGACACGGAAAGAGCCGGUUCUGGAGCCCUUGGCGAUUCGGGCCGGACGGCGAUGAUGCGAGCAGCGAUCCGUGGCCAUUACGAUGUUGUUGGGAUCAUGGUUGAGGGCCGAGCGAACGUCGACGUCAAGGGUAAUGACGGAUGUUCCGUUUGGGGACGAGCGGAGAAGGAUGGGCACUUCGACUUGUGUGAAGCUUCCGCAACGGAACGGCGCAAACUAAGUCCCCCCCCAGCGUGGUGA